UGCGCAUGCCUAAGCCCGCCCUUUGCUUCUGUGUGCCUCCGCCUUUCACUUCUGUUUUCCUCAAGCGAUGCGUGGGAAGCGGUUCCGGGGCGGCCGAGUCUAUGCACUCUUCUGAGGCCAGUGCUGCAGGACGAGAAAGCGGCAGGCUCAAUUCCUUUGGUUCUCCAUUUAUCGUUUUUGGACUCCGAACUGCUCUCCAACCAUGUCCAUCACUUCAUCUUGAUACAUGUUAUUACUCUAUCCUACUUGCCCUUGCAUUCAGGGAGGUUCUUCAAGAAUUACCCUUUUUUGUUUCAUUUAAUAGAAUUAUGAAAAGUUUGAGAAAUAGCAAUAGAGAUAAAUUAAAACAUGGAUCUCCCCUGAAGCCCUGCUUUUUAUAGCUUUCUGUGGAGUCGCUAACCGAAGAUUUAGUAACAUUAGUAGGGAAAUGGAUAAACAGCUUAGUCCUGAGUAUUUUUUACAGUAGUUUUGGUGAAGAGUUUAUUAUGUGUCUUGUUACUUGUUUUAACCAAUUUCGUCAUUUAAAAAUUUUUGUGAACAUCAAGGGAGAUUUAAACUGUUAAAAAAAAAAUCUUUAGAAAGCAAAUACUUAAUUCACCCAGUGAAAACUUUUACCCAAGAGCUACGAGAUUAUAUUAGAGUCAUAUUAGAUAGGUGGUCUUUCACCGUCUUUUUCCCUGUCUCUUCUGAAGGUCAGAGGGCGAUUGACAUAUAUCCUUAUCCAGUGAGUGUGCUCUGCUUAAUAGAGCAGGAGAAUUCAGGAGCUGCCAGGCAAGCCAAAUAUUUGAUGACCCACUCUUCCUUUAACCCAGUAUAUUGUCUGAGUUUUCUAUAUUUUUCCAAGAACAGCAGAAAAUGAGUAAAUCCCAGAUUGAACAGAAAUUACAGGGAUCAGUAUCAUUUAAGGAUGUGACUGUGGGCUUCACCCAGGAGGAGUGGCAGCACCUGGACCCAAUUCAGAGAUCCCUAUAUAGAGAUGUUAUGUUGGAGAACUACAGUAACCUUGUCUCAGUGGGGUAUUGUAUUACCAAACCAGAGAUGAUCUUCAGGCUUGAGCAGGGAGAGGAGCCAUGGAUAUUGGAGGAUGAAUUCCCAAGCCAGAGCUCCCCAGAAGUCUGGAAAAAUGAUCACAUAAAAGACAGGAGCCAAGAAAACCAGUCUAAACAUGUGUGGGAAGUUGUAUUCAUCAGUAACAAAAUGCUAACUGAAGAACAAGGUAACGUAAUAGGAAAACCAUUGAAUUUGGACACAGAUUCAUUUCCUAACAGAAAAAUACUCUGUCAGUGUGACUCAUGUGAAAUGAGCUUCAACUGUCUUUCAGAAUUUGUUAUCAAUAAGAAAAACUAUUUGGGAAAAAAGAUCAAUGAAUUUCCCUGUGGAAAAUUGCUACUUAGUAUUAAACAUGAGAAAAUCAAAGAGAAAAGUGAACGUUUUCAAAAUGGGAAAAAUGUCAGUCAUAACAAGGAUCUUAUUCAACUUCAGAAGAUUCAAACUUCAGAGCAAAAUUUUGAAUAUAAUAUAUACCGAGAAACCUUCCUUGAAAAGGCAGUAUUUGAUACAUACAAGAGAGAGAUCCCUGAAGGGAAUGACUGUGAAUAUGAUGAAUAUGGACAAAUGUUCCAUGAUAACUCACCCUUCUUGUUCCAUCAGACAGCUCCCUCAAAGGAAAAUCACUAUGAUUUUAGUGAUUGUGGGAAAUCCUUACGUGUGAAGUCUACCCUUUUAAAACAUCAUGGCACACAUAUGAAACAUUAUGAAUAUAAUGAAAGUGGUAAUAAUUUCAGGAGGAAGUUGUACCUCUCACAACUUCAGAAAACUCACAAAGGAGAGAAACACUUUGAAUGUAAUGAAUGCGGGAAAGCUUUUUGGGAGAAGUCACACCUCACUCGACAUCAGAGGAUACAUACAGGAGAGAAACGCUUUCAGUGUAAUGAAUGUGGAAAAACUUUCUGGGAGAAAUCCAACCUUACCAAACAUCAAAGAUCACACACAGGGGAGAAACCGUAUGAAUGCAAUGAAUGUGGGAAAGCCUUCAGCCACAAGUCAGCCCUCACAUUACACCAGAGAACACAUACAGGGGAGAAACCCUAUCAUUGUAAUGCAUGUGGGAAGACUUUUUACCAGAAGUCAGACCUCACUAAACACCAGAGAACACACACAGGACUGAAACCCUAUGAAUGUUAUGAAUGUGGGAAAUCCUUCUGUAUGAAUUCGCACCUAACAGUACAUCAGAGAACUCAUACAGGUGAGAAACCCUUUGAAUGUCCUGAGUGUGGGAAAUCUUUUUGUCAGAAGUCACAUCUUACACAGCAUCAGAGAACUCACAUAGGGGAUAAACCCUAUGAAUGUAAUGCAUGUGGGAAAACUUUUUACCACAAGUCAGUACUCACCAGGCAUCAGAUAAUUCAUACAGGGUUGAAACCUUAUGAGUGUUAUGAAUGUGGGAAAACCUUCUGCUUGAAGUCUGACCUCACUGUACAUCAGAGAACUCACACAGGGGAGAAACCCUUUGCAUGCUCUGAAUGUGGGAAAUUUUUCAGCCAUAAGUCAACUCUGUCCCAACAUUAUAGAACCCAUACAGGGGAGAAGCCCUAUGAAUGUCACGAAUGUGGGAAAAUCUUUUAUAAUAAAUCAUACCUAACUAAACAUAAUAGAACACAUACAGGGGAGAAACCCUAUGAGUGUAGCGAAUGUGGGAAAACCUUCUGCCAGAAGUCACAGCUCACUCAGCACCAGAGAAUUCAUAUAGGGGAGAAACCCUAUGAGUGUAGUGAAUGUGGAAAGGCUUUCUGCCAUAAGUCAGCUCUAAUUGUGCACCAGAGAACACAUACAGAAGAAAAACCCUAUAAAUGUAAUGAAUGCGGAAAGUCUUUUUGUGUGAAGUCAGGACUUACUUUGCAUCAGAGAAAACACACAGGGGAAAAACCCUAUGAAUGUAAUGAAUGUGGGAAAUCUUUCAGUCACAAGUCAUCCCUCACAGUGCAUCACAGAGCUCACACAGGAGAGAAAUCUUGUCAAUGUAAUGAAUGCGGGAAAGUUUUUUACCGUAAAUCAGACCUUGCUAAACAUCAGAGAUCACACACAGGGGAGAAGCCCUAUGAAUGUAAUGUAUGUGGAAAAACCUCUCAGAAGUCAAACCUCAUUGUACAUCAGAGAACUCACACAGGAGAAAAUAUUAUGAUUGAAGUGAAUAUUAGGAAUGUUGAGCCACAAUUCAGCAACUACUCUGCUUCAGAGAAUUCAUAUGGAGAAAGCUCCAUUGACGUCCUGAAUGUUCAGUAACUUUCAUCUACAACCUGGCCUUAUUUUACUUGAAAGUGAUAUGGGGCAAAUCCCCAGACUGCAACAAGUAUAGGACAGUGUUAUUGAGAAGUAACAUUCCAUUGAAUAUCAUGUAACUCAUAGUGGCAUAAAACCUCAUAGAUUUUUUUUUCUCUUUUUUUAACUUCAUAAAAAUUUUAGCAAAAAUACAAGCUAGGUUAUGUCAGAAUUUUUGUUGGGGAGAAAUCUGUCCGUUUGAGACAUGUAGCUUUAAGAUUUUAUUUAGAAGUAAUACAACAUUAGAUUUUUUUUCUGAUGUUAUAUUACAUAUAUAUAACAGUAGAUGCCACAUUUUUGAUAUGCCAUAUUUUGAUGGCAUAGUUAUUUUUAGGAAAUGUAACAAAUUGUGAUUUAAAGAUGUAAAUUGUGCAAUGUAAAGCUUUAAAAACAAAAAAAAGUAAAAUGAAAAAAUAGAUUCUCAAAAAUUUGCAAUAAUAGUGCAUAGAAUUCUGUGCCCUUUAUGAAGCUUCUUCUAAUAAUAACGUUACAUAACUCUAACAUUCUAAAGUACAAGAAGUUGAUGGUACUCUGCUACUAAGUCAGAUACAGAACUUAUUCAGAUUUCUUUGUACUCUGUGAGUUUUUAUAUGUAUUUCUAUGAAAAUUUAUGAUUUGUAUGUUUGAGUAACCUUCAACUCAGGUUGCAGUAUCAGAAAGGAAUAUGGAAUCUGUAUUAUGUGAAGAUUACAAUGGAAUCCAGAUUUCACUAUGGAAGUUCCCUUCUGUUAAUAGUCAUAGCCUUUCUGCCAUUCUAAUCCUUGCAACCAUUUGAGUAUGAAGCUUUUUAGAAGCAGAGAUAAAUUGAAUAAUUAGGACAACAUUGAACACUUGUGAAGUAUCCUUUAACUUCACAGACUUAUGUAUAUAUCUUAUAUAAACUAUAUAUGUUUCCUACACAAAACAGAAUUUAAUAAAAUUGUGAAUAGGAAAUAGUCUGAGUUUAGCAUUUGUUACAACAUCAGACACAUCUCCCAUGUGUGUAGGGCCUGGAGCAUCAGCUUAAAAGGAAGCCCACAGAGCUAAUGUAUAACUUUUCAAAAUUUACAAAUCAAAAUGUUCAAUAAAAAUGUAUUCUGUGUAUAGGCAUACCUAGACCCUACUCCUGUUGCCGCUUGUCUCUUUUCAACCAUGAUUCAUCUCAAACCAUGACGUGCCUUGAGUAUACACAUGUAAGUACUCUAGCCUUCAACCUAAAUUUUAUCCAAACCCUCUAUAAGCAGUUGCCCUCAAAGAUAGGGUCUAGAAAAGAAGCUUAAGACUAAAUUUACAGUCUGCAAAGUGAACUGUAAAUUCAGGGGUCUGAUAUACCUAGAGAGGAAUCUAGGCUCUUAAUGACUUUUGACUCUGAGAAGGAGGAUUGAGGCUGGAGCAAGGCCAGAGUAGAACUAGAGCAGUUUUUUUAUUGUCAGUGCAAGUGAUAUACUAAAUUACAUGAUCAGAUUACAUAAAUAAUUGGGUUAAGCUAAUAACCUAAGGUUAUACAAUCCAGUAAUUUUAGAUUAUGCACAUAGUCUAAGCUUCCAUUUUAGGAAACCAGAAAGAGAAGAACAAAUUGAGUCCAAAGUAUGAAAAUCAAAAGAAUAAUGAGAUUUAGGGUGGAAAUCAGUGAAAUUGAAAAAGGAAACCAGUAGAGAAAAUAAAUAAAACCAAAAGCUGAUUCUUUGAGAAGAUCAAUAAAAUUGAUAAAUCUCUAGCCAUGGUAACUAAGAAAAAGACAAAUUGCUAACAUCAGGAAUGAAAGAGAGCCAUAACUACCAAUCCCUUGGGCAUCAAAAGGAUAUAAAGGAAUAUUAUGGAUAGCUCUCUUCCCACAAAUUUAAUAACCUAUAUGAAAUGUCCAAUUCCUUGAAAGACAAAAACUGCCAAAACUCGAUAGAAGGAUAAAUCUGAAUGGGUGUAUAUCUAUUUAAUUGAGUCAAUUUUUAAUCUUCCAAAUCAGAAAAUAUCAGGCCCAGAAGUUUCCAGUGGUGAAUUCUACCAAAUUAAGGAAUAAGUGAUAUCAGUUCUCUACAAUAUCUUACUUCCUAAUUUAGUUGGUGAAGCCAGCAUUAUCUUAGUAGCAAAAGCAGUCAAAGACAUUACAAGAAAAGAAAACAACGGAUCAAUGUUUCAUGAAUAUAGAUACAGAAAUUCUCAACAAAAUGUUUGCAAAUAGAAUCCAUCAAUGUAUAAAAAUUGUAUACCAUGAUCAAAUGGGAUUUAUCCAGGUAUUCAAGAUUGAUUCAACAUUUAAUAAUCAAUUAAUGUAACCUGUCAUAUCAACAGGCUAAAGGAGAAAUACCGUAUGAUCAUAUUAAUAGAGGCAGAAAAAGCAUUUCAGAAAAUUUUAAAACCCAUUCAUGAUUUUUAAAAAUAGUCAGUAAGCUAGGAAUACAGGGAACUUCCUUAACUUGGUAAAGAACAUCUAUCAAAAUCCUAUAGCUAACAUAAUGGUGAGAAACUAGAUACUUUCUCAGUAAGAUAAGGAACAAAGCAAGGAGGUCCCCUCCUGUCACACCUUUUCAGCAUCCUUCAGGAAGUCCUAGCUAAUGCAGUUAAGACAAGUAAGGGAUAAAAAAUGUACACAGAUUUGGAAGGAGGAGAUAAACUGUUUUUGUUCACAGAUAGCAUGAUUGUCUAUGAGAAAAUUCCACAGAGAAUCAACAUCAAAAAACCUGACACUAUUGAGCAAUUACAGCAAAAGUCACAGGAUAUGAUGGUCAGGUGGGUGAUAAAAAGAAAUGAGCUGUCAAGUAACAAAAAGGCACAGAAGAAUAAGAUCUAAGGAUGCAUAUUGCUAAGUGAGAGGAGUCAAUCUGAAAAGGCUUUUACUGUAUAAUUACAACUGUAAUGCAUUCUGAUAAAGGCAAAAUUUUGGAGCUAGUAAAAAAAAAAAAAUCAGUGGUUGCCAGGGGUACAAGGGCAAGGGAGGGAUGGAUGAAUAAGUGGACUACAGAGAAUUUUUAGGACAGUAAAACAAUCCUGUAGGAUACUGUAGUGGUGGUUACAUGUCAUUAUUUAUUUAUCAAAACCUACAAAAUGUAAAACACAAAGGGUCAACCCUAUUGUAAACUGAAGACUUUAGUGAAAAUGUAUCAGUAAUGACUCAUCAAUUGUAACAAAUGUACCACACUAACGUAAGGUAUUAAUAAUAGGUGAAACUGUGGAGGGAGGUAGAGGUGAAGGGGUAUAUAGGAACUCUGCUUUCUGCUCAUUUUUUCUGUAACCCUAAAACUACUUGAAAAAAUGAAGUGUAUUAAAUAAAUAAACAACCCUGCUGCAUAUAGCAGUAUAGAUGA